AGCUGGAAGUUGUUGGUGGAUCCCUUGCUUAGUAGAUAUCUCCAAGCAAUGCUUCUAGAUCCAUAGGCAGAAGCAACAUCUGAAAGUCAAUGCAGUGCAUGGCUGUGCCAUUCAAUUUGAGAAUGUUGCUGUGGUACCAAGACAAAUGAUAGAACUCAUCUUGCUGCUUGAUACAGGUAGAAUAUCUUCAGUCCUGAACACCAAUGAGUGUGUACCAAGGUGUCAUGAACACAGUGAUUUUCAGAAAGUGGAAGCACAGAAUUAUGACAAAACCAAUGACUCUGGUGAGUUACAUUUUCCAAAUUUGGUGGACCUUCGACAAGUGACAGUACUUCCAAAAGCAGAAUGGCAACGAAUCCAGGAUAAUUUGAAUAACGUAAAUAAAGAAGCAGAAUUUAUACGUGCUCAAAAGGAAGAAAAAGAAGCCUUGCAUUUAAAAUCUAAAGAAGUGACUAAAUACUGGACAAAUACCAUUGCAGGACAAAGGCAAAAAAGGCUCGAUGCAAGAAAACUGCGUCAAGAAAAGGAAGAAGAAGAAAGGAAAGAAAUUGAUAUAGAGGAAGCAAAGUAUAUGGCACAAAAAAGAAAAGAAAGCCUAGAGCGAGCUAAAACACUGCUUUUCUAUCAAACUGACAGAGUGAAAGGACUAAAUGCUGCGCUGAUGCUCACUGAAGCCCUGAAAGAACGUGAAGCACAGAUUGAACUGAAGAGAAAAAAAAAUAAUCUUCAUGAAAGAGAAGAGAAAAGCUAUAUGGAGGAAAUUCAACGUCGAAUUAACUUGGGUGAGGAUGAAGAAUAUCAAAAAUUAAUGAAAGAUAAAGAAAAGAGAAAGGCCCUUGCUGAAUUUCAUCAACAGCAAAUAAAGGAAAAUGGACAUUUAAAAGAACUGGAGAAACAACAAUAUAUAAAGGAGGGAGAAGAAAUUAAGAAAUUAGCUCAUCUGUAUCAGUGGGAGCUCAAUAAAAUUGAACAACUGAAGAGCCAAGAAAAAAACAACAAUAUGAUGAAUCAUAAGACACAUGUUGCAAACCUGAAGAUCAUUAAAGCACUAGAAAACCAAAAAGAAGAAUUGGAAGAUGAAAAUAUCAGACUAUUCGUUUCAGCAAAACAACAAAUGUUAAAACUUAGAAAAAAACGACAAGCAGAAAUAGACAAGGAGAAAGAGGAUCAUAGAAAACUGAUGGUAAGACUAAUAAGUGAACAGAUGAAAGAAGAAAUGCAGGAUGAAACACACCGCAUUGCCAAGGCUGCAGAAGAGAUGGAAGCUAAAAGACAGAUGGAAAUUAAGCAAAAGGAGGAAAAAACAAUGGCAGAUUUGAAGGCAAUUGAAGAAUACAGACUUAUGAUGAUGAAGAAGCGUGAGGAGAAGGAAAAGGAAGAAAAAAUACAAGCAUUAGAAGCUCUUCAUGCCAGGAUUGAAGCAGAUAGUUUAAACCAUGAACAAGACAAGAAAAAGAAGUUAAAAGCCCGAGAAGAGGGUGAGAGUGUGCAAGCCUUCCUUGUUGAACAAAUGGCAGAAAAAAAAGCAAAGGCUUUACGUGAUCGUACUGCUGAACUGGAGCACAAACAAAAAAGCUUAGCUCUGCUUGAAAUGGAAAAGAAAGAAUUUGAAGAAUAUGCACAACAAAUUAUAGAGGCAGCUGCAAAAAAAGGCCGAAAUAUUUAUCCACUUCUUAAAGCUGCUCGCCAAGGCAUUGGUGGUGGACGUGGUCCAGUGUUAAUUGACGAAAGUGGGAUAAGACCUAGUUAUCAGGUCAAGGACACCUCUGGAGUUCAACUUCCAAAUUAUAAACGCAGUACAACUGAGGCAAUUAAGAAUUUACAUGAUAAAUGUGAUAUUCAGAAAUCCAAGAAAUCACUGGGUUUUACAUGGUAAAAGCUUUGGAAAUUAGUGAUGUAUAUAUUGAUUUUCAUUGUUACAAAUAUUUUGCAUUAUUGAAAACUACAAUGAAUCUUUAUGUAAUCAUCUUCACAUCAGCAACCAAAUACAAUUCAAUUUUAAUAUAAUUAUUCUCUUUCAUGCACUUGAAACUAACAGCAUUUGAGUAACUAUUCCAGUAAUGUGUUUGAGAGACUUUAGCAAAAUAUGAAACAGUUACUGAAGGAUAAUAGCAAGUUUGAAGAGAUAAAUAAACUCGAUGUGAAACAACAUUUAUUUAUCUGCAUCAGUACAAAUAAAUUUUGGACUGGAAUAAAAAAAACUACACUAGAAUAUAUGUGAUUUGAAUGAAAUAAGUUGAUUAUAUUUUGCUCUUCAUCAGAUCGUGAUUCUAAUACUGUACAUUAGUUACAGGACUGUGAUAUUGUUAUAAUUUUUAAUGUUGGCAUUAUCAAUAACAAUAAAAUAAGUAAUUCAAAGUGAAAACAGAACAUCAAAAGGAUUCUACAACUUUUUUAAAAAUAAAAGUCAGAUUUAAACUAUUGUAAAGAAACCAGCAGGAUAGAUAGACCGGUUGUACUACAACACACAAAUGAGUCCUUCCUGGAAAAAUGCAGUUUGACAGCAGAUCUUCUACAAUUUUGUUGACUGGGUAAAUAUAUCAAACAUAAACUCAAGCAAAUUCAGCUAAAUUAAUUUUCCAUUGACAGCAUGAGAUAGAAAAUGUAGGCUGAGAAAUUAAUUUGAUCAGUUUACCAGAAAAGCUUUAUAUGCAGGUCUGAAAAGUCUGAGCAGCACUUAAAAUCACGCCUGA